AUGCUGUUUUCCAACAAGAUGAAGGCCCUCAUUCUUACUCCCGCAACCAAGGAUGUCUCUGUUCAGGAGCUUCCCAUUCCCGAACCUCGUAAUGGCGAAGUCCUCAUUCGCAUCCAUGCUGUGGCUCUCAACCCAGUAGACGCCAUCUAUGCCGUGCAUCCCAUCGCAGAACAAGAACAACGUAUCAUUGGAACAGAUUUUGCGGGUGUCAUAGCUGGCGUUGGGCCUGAUCUUGGAUCCUCAUCCGAUCUCCGUGCCAAAAUCGGUACGCGUGUGGCAGGAUUCCACCAGGGCGGAGCGUUUGCCGAAUACAUCACCGCCCCGUAUGACCUGCUAUGGUCGGUGCCGGACAGCAUGUCGCUUGAGGCUGCUUCUGGUAUCAGCAUGUGUGGAUUGACAGCUGCUCAAGGAGUCUUUCCCCGUCUCGGUCUCCCAUGUCCAUUCGAUGGUCAAGUCAAUGCUUCAACGGGAAGUGCAAGUGAUAUUACCAAUGUCCUCAUCUAUAGCGCAUCCACCUCUCUCGGUUUAUACGCCGCCCAGCUGGUUCAGCUUGCAGCUCGCACUUCCGGCCGCAAAAUCCGUCUUAUCGGCACAGCAAGCGCUUCUAAGCACGACUUCCUUCGCCAGGCGCCGUACAAUUACGAUGUCCUGGUUGACUACCGUGACCCCAAUUGGGUUGAAAAGGUGAAAGAGGCCACUGAGGGCAAGGGCGUCGACCGUGCUGUGGACAGCAUCUCGGAGGGAGAAUCCGUGUACAGCGUCCACAGCACUUUGAACGACAAUGGAAAGAUGGCUGUGUUUCGCGGCCCCAAGGGCGGGCAGUAUGACCCAUCAGAGUUGCGCGUGAAGCCCAUCUACGGCGCUGUGUGGGAAGGACUGGGCUAUGAGAUUGGGUAUAACGGGGCGACCAUUGCCGCCAACCCCGAGGCUCGCGUAUUUGCUACAAAGUUCUUCAACUACUUGAGCACGGCAGCGGCAGAUGGCAAAGUGAAGCUAGAGCCCAACCCUGUGCGACUGAUGCCGGGAGGACUAGGGAGAAUUGUUCCAGACGGCUUUGUGCUCUUGGGCAGCGGGUUGGUUUCACAGAGAUCAAGCGCAAGCCGUAAUGAGGACUAUAUGCGGCCUAUCAGCGGAGAGAAGAUGGUGUACAAAAUCCAUGACGAAUAA